UCCCUCUCUCGUGUGGCUUUCACGCGCUCGGCGCUUCACUCCGACCAGCUCCGGUGCCGCGCGCCACGCAGUUUCUCUGUACCGCCGUUCUGAUUCAUUUACUCACCGCGUUCCCGGACCUGUAAAACCGGUUUGCUCAGUCCGAUCCGGUGUUGUUUUAAAGCCGUAAUUCAGCGCACAGCCUGUUGGGUGUUUGCGGCUCUCUCAUUAGUUUCCCGUUGUCUGUGACGCGGAGAGCGAAACUGCGCUCGAGACAGGACCAGAUCACCGGGAGCAGCUCGCGCUCACUCUGCCCGCGCGCGCGUGUUGUUCGGUGCCUGCACGGAUUUGGCAUGUUUUUAAUUCGCAACUUUCCUUCUCUCACAGUGUGACACGGUGCAGAAGAAAACCGUUUCGUCGCGUGCAGAACACUUUGUCGGCGCAGCAACGAGGGAGUAUAAAGGAUUGUAAAAAAAAAACAAAAAACAAAACAAAGGGACUGAACACCGCUUUGAUUUGUUGAUUUGGGUGGAUUUUGUAUUUCUGGUCUUUCCGGAGACUGCUCCGAGAAGGGAUGCGCUUUCACUCCGCCCGGACUACACACUGAAAGCCGGCACGCGCAGUCGCUGCAGCGGCGCUUUACUAAAAUCUCCAUUCACGUAGGCUCAUUCUCCUUGGGUACGGGGACAGCUCUUGGAAUCCUCAGAGUGGGAACAGUUUAUGCACAGACCUGCAGAAGUGUUCAUUAAGGAAAGAGUUGAUCACAUGUGAGUUGGCUGCCGGUGUUUUUUCUUUUCUUUUCACCUGGCGCUCGUGCCCCGGACAGACCCGGUACCUACCGCGUGCCCGUAUCAGGACUGAUCUGCGCGCUUGAGGUUGUUGGAGAUGGCUCCGGCGGGGAUGCUGCUGAUCGGGGCUGUGUUAGUGUGGGUGUCGGUGUUGGGUGAAGAACCCGCCGCUAAAGCCGUAGCCGACCGAUACGCCGUCUACUGGAACCGCACGAAUCCCCGAUUUUACAGAGGUGACUACCACCUUGACGUGUGCAUCAAUGACUACCUGGACGUCUACUGUCCCCACUACAUGGACUCCGUGCCGGAGGAGAGGACCGAGCGCUACAUGCUAUACAUGGUCAACUACGAUGGCUACAGCUCCUGCGACCACACAGCGACGGGCUUCAAACGCUGGGAGUGCAAUCGGCCCUACUCUCCCAAUGGGCCUCUUAAGUUCUCGGAGAAGUUUCAGCUCUUCACACCGUUUUCGCUGGGCUUCGAGUUCCGACCAGGCAGAGAAUACUACUAUAUAUCCUCGACAGUCGCUGAGAACGGGAGAAAGACCUGCCUGAGGCUAAAAGUUUUCGUCAGACCAGCAAACAACUGCGUGAAAACCGUCAGCGUACACGACCGGGUCUUUGACGUCAAUGACAGUAACUCAAUAGAGCCGAGAGACGAUACGAGCCACGAAUCGGCCGAGCCGUCCCGAGGGGAUGUGAAUUCUGCCGGACGUGUACGUCUGGCUGGACUCCCGCUAGCUUCAGUCCUGAUCAUCCUCAUCUCUCGCAUCUCAUUAUAGCGGCCUACGUGUGUGUGGGUGCAGUAACAGGUCCCAAUCUUUACGCAGAGGAGGACUCUUUAAAGAGCACUUUUUUUUAAAAAAAAAAAAAGGUAGACAUCAGAGGUCCUCAUUAUUUCCACUGAGAUUCAAAACGUGUUCCUUUAAUGAGAAGACGCCAGAACUCCCGUCGAUGAGAGGGGGAAUCUUCUCAUCUGGGAUGCAUUACAAGAUGGAUUUUGGUGGAUAUCGGACCACAACCCAGAUACUUGUAUAUGCAUACACACAACUUCUUUCGUCAAGCAUUGACUCACCUUAAAAACGGAAGGUGGAAAAGACAUAUAUACUCAUUUGUUGUUGGUUUUUUUUUCUGUUUUUUUUUUUUUUUGGACAUUAUUUCAAUAAAAGCAAUGGCAGACUCCCAUCGACAUGUUUAUGAGCCAGGUGUCUGAUCUAUGGAAACGUGGGAACAUUUUGGACACAACUAUGUACAGGACUGAUGGAGAACUGGUUUCAGAGUGUUCCUUGUAUCAAAAAAAAAAAAAAAAAGAGAGAACGAGAUCAUUUUUAACGGGGCGAGUCUUUACCUGAGGACUUUGUUGUUUUUAAGGAGUUUUCUUAUAUAAAAAAGAAAUAAGCACUCGUCUGUUUUGUACAUUGUGUACAGUUUAAAAAGCAGAAUACAAAGUGGAGACUGUAUUCUUGAAGUGAAUAAGUGCUCAAGUGUAGUAGCAACAGUGGUAUUUUGUUAUAGAGUUUGGAGCCUCACUGAUCAGUUGUUUAAGUGAAUAUACUUAUUUGUUUGACAGAAAGCAUUUUCCCCCCCUAUUUAUUACUCAUUAUUUCACACACAUUAAAUAGUGAGGACCCUGCGUUCACGCUAGCAAUUGACGGAUCCCUGGUGUCAGUGUGGGCGUGGCCUGUCCAGUUUGGUCCAUGAUCCAUGAUCCAUCCAUCUAUACCGCUUAUCCUACUGGGUCAGCGGGAAUGGGGAACAUCAGGCACAUGGCUUGGUACAUCCUGGACAGGGUGUCAAUCCAUCGCUGGGCACAUUCACACACCCAUUCAUACACUAUAGACACUUUGGACAUGCCAAUCAGACUACUGUCUUUGGACUGGCGGAGGAAACCCCCGCAGCACGGGGAGAACAUGCGAACUCUGCACACACAGGGGAGCGGCGGGAAUCGAACCCCCGACCCUGGAGGUGUGAGGCGAAUGUGCUUCGACACAAAGGACUUACUGUUACUAUCCCAAAGUUGAUCAUUUUAGCAGCAUAUAGCAGCAUGUAUUUUUACUCCCUUAUACCACAGCGAUUUGCCAACUAGACUACAUUAAAGAACAACACUUUGUACUUUUUUAUCCAUUUAUUGUUGCGGAACAUCCGCAAAGUUAAUUCCUGUAAUCGCUUACGUUGCAGCAGCUAUAAACAGUUGUUCCAACAGCCUCACCAGUUAAUAAUAAAUUUUAAAAAAACGCAGCUUGUCAUGUUACCGAGAAACCACAAAGCAUAAACUCCUCUGUCGCAAAGAGUUUCCUGUGUCGGAAAGCUUCACUAUAUCAGCAAUUACACAUAUUUUUGUGUUUUUGUUUUUUUUUUUUUUUUAAAUCUGAUUAUGUUGAUUGUCCACCAUACAAGUCCCUGUGAAUGAGCUGUUACUGUAGAAAUGAUACCGUAUUAAAACAAGUGCAUUCAUGUAAAUGUGUGAUUUGUAGCUGUACUACCGUCGGAGCUAACAAUGUAUAAAAGAUUAAUCACCACAUCUGACCAAUUAGAACCCAAACCUCAAGAGCGCGGUGGUACGAGCUCCAAUAAGAAAUGGUACUAGUCAAAAUGUUUACAGGCUGUUAACAUCACUUCUGUUUAAAUUGUAGUACAUUUUUGCCUGAAUAGAAAGGAAUUGAAGUUGUGAAUACAGAGGUAUUUGAGAAUGAUCGGUCCAAGGAAUUUACUUCACUUGCCUUAUAUAUGAAAUCACAUCAUAUUGAAUAUUGAAGUUUGCUUGUGACCUUUUUUUUUUUUGUCUUGCUAGUGUGAACACAAGGUAAUGAGAUACAUAUAAAAAAAAUAUUAUUAUUAUUAUUAUUAUUAUUAUUAUUAUUAUUAUUAUUAUUAUUAUUAUAUAUAGUUUUUUUUUUUAAAAAAAACCUCGGUUUUGUAACCAUAAUCCGAGUUAGAAAUUAGGAUAGGUUAAGCCAUUUGAUUCGGGUCCGAUUUUUAAGGCGAGCGGAACAUUUACUAAUUGAUUGAUUUACAAUUUAUUGGCUUAAGUGUCAUCCUAAAGCCUAUGAUGGGAAUAUCACGACCAUUUAAUAUGCUCUCAUUAUCACCUAUUGCGAACAAAACCAUAAAACAUAACACAAUGCAUAAUCGGUGCAUAGCUGACAGCAUCAGGGAAUUUUCAAACAUCUCGAGUAAGUGUAUAGAUCACUGUUACACAUCUUUCCGCUUCUUCAGACGUAAAUACGAUACGCGCAUGGUGAGGUGAUGCUGACAAAGCAGUGCGCUGUAGCCGUCCCUGGUGGCAGCUGGAAGCCUGGCGUGAUUUAAUAGACUGUUUGAAGUCGUCCAGGGUGACAGGAAUGUGGGACACAUACUGCAGCCUCGUGUGGGUCAUUUGUGGAAUUAAAAAUCGACUGGUGCAUCAGACCAUACCGGUGUCCGGUUCAGUGGUAGGCUAGCGUUACUGACAUGAACUCGGACAAGUGGGGGAGGGCGACAAGAGUCUUUGCUGCGAUCAAUAGUAAUGUGGUUUACAGAUUGACUAAAAUGAUAAAUAUUUGCCUCAGACGCUGUGCUGGUACAGAUUUCCAGUUCCAGAUUUUGCAGUUUUACUAAAUAGUCAGAACUGGAAUUUUGAUGAAACGUUUUACAGAGAAAUUAGUAGUCGUUAAUGAAUGUUAUUCAUUAGUAAUUAAUGAAUGAGUUAAUACAAUCUCAUUCCUUUCAGCUUCUAAAGAGCAACUAUUUCUAGCUCUGCAGCCUUUUGUCGAAUUUUAUGUCGAAUAUAAUCAACAAAACUGAGCAAAAACGAACGAUUAAAACGGCGGGAAAACGGUGUAAAUUUCAUUUUUGGUUCACGUUCCUUUAACGGAUUUGUUGAUUGGAGAUGUAUGCAGUGCGCUGCUAUAACAAAACUAUCAUCUUUUUUUUUUUCUUUUUUUUUUUUAACGUAGGAGCAUAUGGAUCCUAAUUUUAUGGAUACCGUGUAUCCGUAGGUCGUCUAUGUGGUUAUAUGAUAUACAGUGAUAAUACGAGUGAGACAUUUAACAUACAGAAAAACAAAAAAAAAAAAGAAAGAAAAAGAUGCCACAGUGUUCAUGUUCAUUUCUUUUAUAUGUGACACUAAUGAUUUUCCUGUGCAUGACUUAAGUGGUGUUCUGGAGCUUGGAUCAACAUAAAAGUAACACAAGUGGGCGGUUUGUAGUUUCAUGCAGUCGGAUAUGAAUCUUGAAGCAGAACAAAGGCCAGAUGGUUAACAUGAGACCGUAUUUAGCACAUUCGUUCAUUUUCAGGAACUGCUUUAACAUGGUCAUGGUGGUGUAAAUGACUAAUUUGUUAAUAUUUUGGGAAAUGUUGUCACUACAGUUGUUAGAAAACAUUGCACAAACCAAAAUAUUAACCAUGUGGUCAAUACGUUUUUACAGUAACCCCUGUUUUCCCUGCUCAAACGCACACUUCAACUCAGGGGCUCAGGAAGAGGGUGUGUUCGAGCAGGAAAACGAGAGUAAGGAAUGUAAAUCUGGACCACUUGAUUGGUCAUUGAGGGUUUAAGGGGUUCAUUAUGAAUUAGCUGAAAGAAGCAGUGCGACUCCAAAACAUCUGGAAAGUCCUUGUAUCUGCAACAUUGCAAAGUCAUUUAUAACACAACUAGUGCAAGCAUUUGUUCCAUGUUAACUGUAACUUGCAGCUUUGUCACUUUGUUUCUGUAUAAUGGAAGUGCUUGUUAAAGGGGUAAAGAAAUGACAGUGGUCAUGAUGGUCAUGAUGGUCAUGAUGGUCUCGUCUGUUUUAACUAUAGCCAAGCAUGAGUCAUUGCACCCAUUAUUGUUUCGAAUUGUUGCAUUUCCCCUUAGCACUGUGACAUGAUCACGUAUGUAGUUCCGCACUCGCCCUUUUGUAGACUUGGACCGUCUUGGAGAAGUUUGUCUCGGUCCCUCCGCACGCCCCUGCGUCGGUCACCUUCACCUGAUGCUUGAGACCUUUCUGCUUUAUGUUACACACAUUUUUAUAUCCACAAAUGCCAUUGUUUGUAAAUACACUUGUCAGAGCAGCUAAAACUAAUUAAAAAAAAAAAAAAAGAUUAAAUAAAUCUGUCGUUGUUGUAAAUGUGUCUCUGUUGUGUUGUCUCUGAAUUACAAACCACACACUUGAAAAAAAUAGGGCCUUCUAAGACUUUAAAUGGUUUUUUUUGUGUGUGUGUUUUGGGGCCAAAAUCACACCUGAAUACUGCGGCCGAUGAAUUUCUUCAUACAGGAAGCGUCUUGAAGCUGGUAUUACAAACAAAGACUUCUCCACUAAGUAUUAAAUAAAUUUCACUUAGCGUGUUGAAUACUUUUUUCCCGUGUCAUUCCACUUUAUCACACAUAACUUUGUUUUAUGGACUUUAAAGUUAUGAAUUCUUUAUAUUUCUUGGAUUUCUUGAGUUCAUACUGAUGUCUGGUGAAAAUUUCAUGUGAAUAGCCUCAUUGGAAAUAUAUUUACUGAAAAAAACGUUGACGUGUACAAUACUUAUUUCCCCCCCACUGUAUGUAGCUAUAGAAACAUCCAUGGGCUGGUUUAACAUAGGAAAUCAGAUAAAAAAAAAACAAAAAAAAACAAAA